AUGAUGGAGUUUGAUGGAAAUUUUAACACCAACGUUUCUAGAACUAUUAGCUGCGAUAGACUGUCUACCACUGUCAACAGCAGAGCCUUCAAUCCUGGGCGUGACUUAAAUUCUGUUCUUGCUGAUAAUCUGAAGUCUAACCCAGGAAUUAAAUGGCAGUAUUUCAGCUCAGAAGAAGGGAUUUUCACCGUUUUCCCAGCCCACAAGUUCCGGUGCAAAGGCAGCUACGAACACCGCAGCAGGCCCGUCUAUGUUUCUACUGUUCGACCUCAGUCCAAGCAUAUCGUUGUCAUCGUGGACCACGGGGCUUCGGUCACGGAGACGCAGCUUCAGAUCGCCAAAGAUGCGGCUCAGGUUAUUCUGAGCUCCAUAGACGAACACGAUAAGAUCUCUGUGUUAACCGUGGCAGACACAGUAAGAACCUGCUCGCUGGAUCAGUGCUAUAAGACGUUUCUGUCUCCUGCCACUAGCGAGACAAAAAGGAAGAUGUCCACCUUCGUUAGCAGUAUAAAGUCAUCCGACAGCUCGACGCAGCAUGCGGUGGGAUUUCAAAAGGCUUUCCAGCUGAUACGAAAUACAAACAAUGGCACGAAACUCCAAGGAAAUACAGAUAUGGUCAUAAUUUAUCUCUCGGCUGGGAUUACAUCGAAAGAUUCCUCGGAAGAUGAUAAAAAAGCCACUCUGCGCGUCAUCAAUGAAGAAAACAGUUUCCUCAAUAACUCAGUAAUGAUUCUUACUUACGCGCUGAUGAAUGAGGGAGUGACGGGUUUGAAGGAACUGGCCUUUCUGCGAGACCUGGCAGAGCAGAACUCGGUGAAGUACGGGGUACCCGACCGAACAGCCCUCCCUGUGAUUAAGGGCAGCAUGAUGGUCCUCAACCAGCUGAGUAACCUGGAAACUACGGUUGGCCGAUUCUACACAAACCUCCCCAACAGAAUGAUCGACGAGGCAGUCUUUAGUCUGCCUUUCUCAGAUGAAAUGGGAGAUGGCUUGAUAAUGACUGUGAGUAAACCAUGUUACUUUGGAAACCUGCUGCUGGGGAUCGUCGGAGUAGAUGUUAACCUCGCGUAUAUCUUGGAAGACGUUACCUAUUACCAAGACUCCUUGGGUUCUUACACUUUCCUCAUUGACAAUAAAGGGUACACUCUUAUGCACCCAUCUCUGACGAGGCCCUACCUGCUGUCGGAACCACCGCUUCACACAGAUAUUAUCCACUAUGAGAACAUUCCUAAAUUUGAGCUGGUGCGCCAGAACAUCCUCAGCAUUCCCCUGGGCAGCCAGAUCAUUACGGUUCCAGUGAACUCCUCACUCUCUUGGCAUGUCAACAAACUGAGGGAAGUUGGAAAAGAAGCCUACAAUGUCAGCUACGCCUGGAAAAUGGUCCAGGACACAUCCUUUAUUCUGUGUGUCGUCGUAAUACAGCCAGAAAUACCUGUUAAACAGCUGAAGAAUCUCAACACGGUCCCCAGCAGCAAGCUCCUGUAUCAUCGACUGGAUCUGCUGGGCCAGCCCAACGCCUGCCUGCACUUCAAGCAGCUGGCCACCUUAGAAAGCCCUACGGUGAUGCUCUCUGCAGGCAGCUUCUCUUCUCCUUACGAACAUCUCAGCCAGCCCGAGACGAAGCGGAUGGUGGAGCAUUACACGGCGUACCUCAGCGACAACACGCGCCUCAUUGCCAAUCCUGGCCUCAAGUUCUCUGUCAGAAAUGAAGUAAUGGCUACCAGUCACGUCACAGAUGAAUGGAUGACACAAAUGGAAAUGAGCAGCCUGAACAGUUACAUUGUGCGCCGUUACAUAGCAACCCCCAAUGGGGUGCUCCGAAUUUACCCCGGUUCCCUCAUGGACAAAGCAUUUGAUCCCACCAGGAGACAAUGGUACUUGCACGCCGUGGCUAAUCCAGGACUAAUUACCUUCACUGGUCCUUACCUGGAUGUCGGAGGGGCUGGCUACGUCGUUACGAUCAGUCACACAGUCCAUUCCUCCAGUGCCCAGAUGUCUUCAGGACACUCGGUGGCAGUGAUGGGCAUUGACUUCACCCUGCGAUACUUCUACAAAGUUCUCAUGGACCUGCUGCCGGUUUGUAACCAAGACGGAGGAAACAAAAUAAGGUGCUUUAUCAUGGAGGACAGAGGGUACCUCGUGGCACACCCGACCCUCAUUGAUCCCAAAGGACACGCGCCGGUGGAGCAGCAGCACAUCACACACAAGGAGCCUCUGGUAGCAAAUGACAUUCUGAACCACCCAAAUUUUGUCAAGAAAAAUCUCUGCAACAGCUUCAGCGACAGAACAGUUCAGCGGUUUUAUAAAUUUAAUACCAGCUUAGUGGGCGAUCUGACAAACCUCGUGCAUGGCAGUCACUGCUCCAAGUACAGACUGACGAGAAUCCCAGGCACCAACGCCUUCGUGGGCAUCGUCAACGAGACGUGCGAUUCGCUCGCUUUCUGUGCCUGCAGCAUGGUCGACAGGCUCUGCCUCAACUGCCACAGAAUGGAACAGAACGAGUGUGAGUGCCCUUGCGAGUGCCCUCUGGAGGUCAAUGAAUGUACCGGCAACCUCACCAACGCCGAGAGCAGGAAUCCAAGCUGUGAAGUUCAUCAGGAGCCAAUGACUUUCACAGCGAUCGAUCCGAGCCUGCAGGAUGCUCUCCCGCAAUGUAUUAACACCCAGUGCAACCAGAGGACAGAGAGCGGGGAUUGUUUCGGUGUGUUGGACUGCGAGUGGUGUAUGGUAGACAGCGAUGGGAAGACCCACCUGGAUAAGUCCUAUUGUGCCCCUCAGAAGGAGUGCUUCGGUGGCAUUGUGGGAGCGAAGAGCCCGUACGUGGAUGAUUUGGGAGCAAUAGGAGAUGAGGUGAUCACUCUGAACAUGAUCAAAAGUGCACCAGUAGGUCCCGUGGCCGGAGGCAUUAUGGGCUGCAUUAUGGUGCUGGUCCUAGCAGUGUACGCGUAUCGUCACCAGAUACAUCGGAGGAGUCACCAGCACAUGUCACCUCUGGCUGCCCAGGAAAUGUCAGUGCGUAUGUCGAACCUGGAAAAUGAUAGGGACGAGAGAGACGAUGACAGCCAUGAAGACAGGGGAAUCAUCAGUAACACUCGAUUCAUCGCAGCGGUGAUAGAGCGGCACGCCCACAGCCCCGAACGCAGACGCCGCUACUGGGGGCGAUCGGGAACGGAGAGCGACCACGGCUACAGCACUAUGAGUCCUCAGGAGGACAGCGAGAACCCUCCGUGCAACAACGACCCGUUGUCGGCCGGAGUUGACGUGGGAAACCACGAUGAAGACUUAGACCUGGACACGCCGCCUCAAACCGCUGCCCUGCUGAGUCACAAGUUUCACCACUACCGGUUGCACCACCCGACCCUUCACCACAGCCACCACUUACAGGCCGCCGUCACGGUACACACGGUGGACGCAGAAUGCUAAUGAAUGACGACAAAGCAACGUGAACUCGCGAACAGUAAAAAUCCAUGCAGCAACAGGGUGGCUCCGUGGCGGUGCUUCACACCGGGAACAGUUUAAGUAACUUUCUGAGUUUAGGCGCAAGAGCUUUACGUUUUCAUAAAGGUAAGGUUGGCUCCGUAACAGAAGGGAAACGUGCUUGAUGAAUGGACCUGCC